AAAGCGAGUAAACACGGGAAUGUAGCGGGGACGACAUUCCACCUCCAUGCAACUGGUUUCAAUCACUUCUAAGCAAAUAAUUCAUUCGAGACACAACCGACCUGUUCAUCUUUAGAAAUAUUGGUUACACUGUAGCUUUUGUAACUAUCUCCGCCAGCUAAGGCAACCAAAUCCAAGGAUGGUUUGGUCCCUCUCCCUUUCUGGUCUCGUCCAGAAGCCUUGCUUCUCACUCAUCUGGGUGUGUUCUUUUAGCGUUUGGCAGAUAUGCUCGGCUCCACCCUAUUUGUCAUGGGUUGGAGUAGCCUACCGGGUAGUAUUCUAGUCAUCGGGACACAGUGUGAUGAUUGCUAGGUGCGGCCUGGUUGUUUAGUUAAUGGUUGCUGCUUCAAAGUUGGGUCUUUUCCAAAUAAUAUCUGCUCUUUUACCAAGUGAAUGGCAUUGUUAGGCUUGGCAAGACAUUGAUCAUCUUAACACGUAUUUUCGUCGGUAAACUGCGGGACCUCAUCCGGUCGUUUGUAAUCUUUAUCGGGUAAGCAUGUCCAGGUCAGACUAUCCCCCCGGCUACGACCCCUCCCUCGCCCCGCUGUACGGGCCCCAGGGCGGCGGCGGCGGCUACCCCCCUCCCCCGGCCUACGGUUUCCCCGGCUUCGGGGGCCCCCCACAGGGCCACCCGUCUGCACCGUACGGCGCCGCCCCCAACGCGCCCCCCUACUCCGGGCAGCCCGGGGGCUACCCGCCGGGGGGCUACCCGCCGGGGGGCUACCCGCCCGGUCCGAAAGCGGGGCAGCCUCAUCCCGGUGCUGGCUAUGGGUACCCCAACCAGCCACCCAUGCCUCCCAUGCCCCCCAUGAUGCCGCCCACGAUGCCCUCCGAUGUCUUCAGCUCAGACGACGCAGAAGGGGAGGGGUUUGCUGCGAGGGACAGCGGUUGGGACAGCCUCAGUGUUCGCCACGCCUUCAUCCGCAAGGUGUAUAUGAUACUGGCCUCCCAGCUGCUUCUCACCACGGCGAUCGUGGCUGUGUUUGUUUUCGUGGAACCGGUCAGGUUGUUUGUGCAACAAAAUCCAGCCAUCUACUGGGCCUCAUUUGGCGUGUACUUUGUAACACACCUUGUUCUGGUCUGCUGCACAGGACCCAGGAGGAAAUUCCCAUGGAAUGUCAUCCUUUUGCUGAUAUUUACCCUGGCCCUGUCCUAUAUGACCGGGUCCAUAUCAAGUCACUAUGAUACCAAAUCAGUGUUCCUGGCAUUGGGCAUCACCGCUGUGGUUUGCAUUGUCGUUACAGUCUUCUGUUUCCAGACUAAGGUGGACUUCACCAAGUGCCAAGGUCUCUUCUGCGUGCUGGGGAUUGUGAUGCUCGUUACAGGCAUCAUCACCACCAUCGUGCUGUCCUUCAAAUAUAUGCCGUGGCUUCACAUGCUGUAUGCCGCUAUGGGGGCCAUUGUCUACACCCUGUUCCUGGCGUACCACACGCAGUUGCUGAUAGGCAACAGGAAGCACUCGAUCAGCCCGGAAGAGUACGUCUUCGGCGCCCUCUCCCUUUACGUCGACAUCGUCCAGAUCUUUCUCAUGCUCCUGCAGCUCAUUGGUGCCGCAAAAAGAUAGGCUCACACUGGAAACACAGCCUUAUAUGGCCAACAGGGGAAAGACAGCAUUUAAUGGUCGGCAGGAUGUGAGGAGGAUUGUUGUUUAAUACACAGAACAGCAAACAUUAUCCUGGUGCUUUUUCGCUCUAUUUAGUUGUAUUAAUAUAUAAGGAAUUUGUCUGACUUAAUCAGUUGUUUAAAAAGAAAAGGAUCAAUAACUGGCCUUUAAAUUACAUGGGAAUCAUUCCAUGUUGACAAACUGAACAAAGGGCUUGCUAGGGAGAAAGCCAAAAAGGGUCUUUGUAAAAGGAUGAUUUAUAUGUAUAAGCACAUAUAAUGCACUUUGAUGGAACAAAUCUACAUUUGUGCCACAUACAACUUUAAAGGUGGUCACAAUUGUAACUCCAGUUUGUGUGUAUAUAAACUGACCUGUUCAAAUAGUUACUUAUCCUAUAUCCUUGCAUUAUCUUUACAUUAUUUCAACCAAGUCUGCUGCUGAAGUUUGAAAGUGGAUGAGAAAACGAAGUGUUUUGAAUGUUAAAUCAACUUUGAAUGUUAAAUGUGUGUGCCUGCAGGCUUAGCUUCAGUCUCUGUACCUCAUGAGAUGCCUUUUUAAUGAACUGUUUCCUCUGCCUUCAUAGAUUGUCUUCCUGCUGUUCACUUUAUUAUUUUGCCAAUCUGGGUAGCAGUUUGUAUAUAUAUAUAUCAUUGGUGCACUUUCACUUCAUCUUGCCCUCGUACCAAGUGAUAAGGGAUCACUCGUUGAGUGAUGUUAAACCAUUGAUGCCAGGAAGAAAAUACCCAUAACAUCAUGUUUACUUUGUUUAUGCUUCAAACUUAUUUUGCAGCUUAAAGACUAUAUAAAUUUGAUCAGAAAGGUUAAGCUUCAGGUUAUGUUUAGGGAGGAAGGGCUUGGAAUGAAAUCACAUGUUUAGGUUUUAAAAAUCAAUAAAUAUUUUAUUUGCAAGA